AAAAGAUUUUGCAUGUCUUAUGUUGCAGGACUUGGAACAGAAAAUGAAAAUGUUGGAAAACCUACAGGAUGACUUUGAUUUUAACUACAAAACCCUCAAAAGCCAAGGAGAAAUACAGGAUCUAAAUGGAAACAGUCAAGCAGCAGCAACAAGACAGAAGAUGGCACAGCUGGAACAAAUGCUAACUGCCUUGGACCAGCUCAGAAGGCAAAUUGUAACAGAAAUGGCGGGUCUCCUGUCUGCCAUGGAUUUUGUUCAGAAGACGCUGACGGAUGAUGAGCUGGCAGACUGGAAGAGAAGACAGCAGAUCGCCUGCAUAGGGGGGCCCCCUAAUAUUUGCCUUGACCGCUUGGAAAAUUGGAUCACGUCCCUGGCAGAGUCUCAGCUCCAGACCCGUCAGCAGAUUAAGAAGCUGGAGGAGCUGCAACAGAAAGUCUCGUACAAGGGAGACCCCAUUGUCCAGCACCGGCCCGUCCUGGAGGAGAGGAUCGUGGAGCUCUUCAGGAACCUCAUGAAGAGUGCCUUCGUAGUGGAGAGACAACCUUGCAUGCCCAUGCACCCAGACCGCCCCCUCGUCAUCAAAACAGGCGUACAGUUUACCACCAAAGUCAGGUUACUGGUGAAAUUUCCUGAUUUAAAUUAUCAGCUGAAAAUUAAAGUUUGCAUUGACAAGGAUACAGUAGAUGCUUCAUUAAGGGGAUCACGAAAAUUCAACAUCUUGGGCACAAACACAAAGGUCAUGAACAUGGAGGAAUCCAAUAACGGCAGCCUGUCCGCUGAAUUCAAACACCUGACUCUGAGAGAGCAGCGGUGUGGAAAUGGAGGACGAGCUAACAGUGAUGCAUCCUUGAUUGUAACAGAAGAGCUGCAUCUCAUCACCUUCGAGACUGAGGUCUACCACCAGGGACUCAAAAUGGACUUGGAGACCCACUCCUUACCUGUAGUGGUGAUCUCCAACAUAUGUCAAAUGCCAAACGCCUGGGCCUCCAUCCUCUGGUAUAACAUGCUGACCAACCACCCAAAAAAUGUGAACUUCUUCACCAAGCCCCCCGUGGGUACCUGGGACCAGGUGGCAGAGGUGCUGAGCUGGCAGUUUUCAUCUACCACCAAGCGAGGGCUUUCCAUCGAACAGCUCACCACCCUGGCGGAGAAGCUACUAGCUCCAUGUGUUAGUUAUUCAGGAUGCCAAAUUACUUGGGCAAAAUUCUGCAAGGAAAACAUGGCAGGCAAAGGGUUUUCGUUCUGGGUGUGGCUGGACAAUAUCAUUGACCUGGUGAAAAAGUACAUGCUGGCGCUUUGGAACGAAGGGUACAUAAUGGGGUUCAUCAGCAAGGAGAGGGAACGAGCCCUCCUGAGCACAAAACCCCCGGGGACCUUCCUUCUGAGGUUCAGCGAGAGCAGCAAAGAAGGGGGCAUCACUUUCACCUGGGUAGAGAAGGACAUCAGUGGCAAGACCCAGAUUCAGUCUGUGGAGCCCUACACCAAGCAGCAGCUCAACAGCAUGUCCUUUGCGGAAAUCAUCAUGGGCUACAAAAUCAUGGAUGCCACCAACAUCCUGGUGUCUCCUCUGGUGUACCUGUAUCCCGAAAUCCCAAAGGAGGAGGCGUUUGGGAAGUACUGCCGCACUGAGAACACGGAGCAGCCUGACUUCACUGAACCAGGUAGCACAGUCCCAUAUCUAAAGACAAAAUUCAUCUGUGUAACACCGUGCCCAUCCGUCUUCAUGGACCUGCCAGACAGUGAGCUGUUGAUGAAUGGAUUUGGCGGGACAAACUCGGGUAACACCAGCGACCUUUUCCCAAUGUCUCCCCGCACCCUGGACUCACUGAUGCACAACGAGGGUGCAGAAGCCAGUGCUGGAGGACAGCUAGACACACUUACCCUGGAUAUGGAGUACAGUUCAGAUGCUGCUUCACCCAUGUGAAGAACAGAUGUAUUCACAUUUGUGUACCUACAUUUACCUUUUUUUUUUUUUUUUUUGUUUUUGGUUUUUUGUUUCAGAUUUUGCACCUUUUGGUAUGGUGUGUGUGUGUGUGUGUGUGUGUAUAUACAGUAGUCUAUCGCAUAUCCGACUGCGGUGGAACCAGGGCAAGGAUAUGUAAAGUUGGAUAAAUUAAUCCCGUUUUAAAUACCAUUACACACAACUGUAACAAUUGCCAUAUUCACAGUUAUUGUUUUGAGAUUCAGCUUUUAUUAGGGAGCUCCCCUAAAU